CCCUCCCCCUGUGGGAGCGGGACAGAGGCCGGGAUCCCCGCUCGUCGUCCCCGCCCCCAGCCGCGUGACCUCACAGCCCCGCCCCCGCGAGACAAUGGCCCCUGACGCCUACGGCUCCUCGGACCCCGCCCCGCGGUUGGCAGGGAGGAACUGAAGGAACUGCCGCUUCACAAGAGCGAGGACGCGCGUAACUUCCGCACGGAGGCAAACAAACACUGAGCUCCAUUCUCUCCCGCCGCCUCCUCUGUCAACGUAACUUCCGGCGGCCCCGACGGCCCCGGCUCGUCGUCACUUCCUGGGCUGCCGCUUCCGGUUCCUGCCCAGCCCAGCGCGGCCUAGCUCGUGUUCCCGUCCUGUGCUGUCCCGUGUGUGUGCGCUCGUCGCGCGCGCCUCCCUCUCCCCUUCCCCGCCUGUCGCCACGCGCGCCGCGUUUUUCUCCCGCCCUCCGCCUCCCCGGAGCCGCCACCAUCGCCAUGGCGAUGAGACAGACCCCGCUGACGUGCUCCGGGCACACGCGGCCCGUGGUGGACUUGGCCUUCAGCGACAUCACCCCCUACGGCUACUUUCUCAUCAGCGCCUGCAAGGAUGGUAAACCUAUGCUACGCCAAGGUGACACGGGGGACUGGAUUGGAACAUUUCUAGGUCAUAAAGGUGCCGUCUGGGGUGCCACCCUGAAUAGGGAUGCCACUAAAGCAGCGACAGCAGCUGCAGAUUUUACAGCCAAAGUAUGGGAUGCUGUUUCAGGGGAUGAACUGAUCACACUGGCCCAUAAGCAUAUUGUCAAAAGUGUGGAUUUUACUGAGGACAGCAAUUACCUGUUGACAGGUGGACAAGAUAAAUUGUUGCGUAUUUAUGACUUGAGCAAGCCAGAAGCAGAACCUCAGGUGGUCAGUGGACAUACUUCAGGUAUUAAAAAGGCUUUAUGGAGCAGUGAUGACAAACAGAUCCUUUCAGCUGAUGAUAAAACUGUCCGCCUCUGGGACCGGAAUACCAUGACUGAAGUAAAAGCAAUAAAUGUUGCAAUGUCUGUGAGCAGCAUGGAGUAUGUUCCUGAGGGGGAGAUACUGGUGAUAACCUAUGGGAGGACUAUUGCUUUUCAUAGUGCAGAGACUCUGGAGCAGAUUAAAUCGUUUGACGCUCCUGCUACAGUCAACUCUGCAUCCCUUCACCCUGAGAAAGAAUUUCUUGUUGCAGGUGGUGAAGACUUUAAACUUUAUAAAUAUGACUAUAAUACAGGAGAAGAGCUAGAAUCUUACAAAGGACACUUUGGUCCCAUUCACUGUGUGAGAUUUAGCCCUGAUGGAGAGUUGUAUGCUAGUGGCUCUGAGGAUGGAACGUUAAGACUGUGGCAGACGACAGUAGGGAAAACAUAUGGUCUUUGGAAAUGUGUAGUUCCGGAAGAGGAAGGUGGAGAGCUGGCAAAAGCAAGGGUCAGCCUUCCAGGAACUGCAGAAGAGGAGCUAGAAGACCUUACUUCUGAAAAUUCAGAUUCCAUCUACAGCUCAACUCCUGAAGUUAAGGCUUGACCAUCACAGCUCUUAUGCAACAAAUGGACAUAGAGACUAAAUCAAGCAAACGGUGAUCAACAGCAGCCUUCCAGAGUACGCUCUCUACAUAAGGCAAAGAUGGGCAGUAAUUGAUGAGAAUGCGUUGGAACUGGCUAGGUGGUAUCCAUAAGAGAACUGAGUAUCGAAAAAGACAAGUAGCAGAGUUUUGCUAUAUUUUAGUGCACCUGCCUACUGUCUUUUUAAAUGAAGUGUGCAAGCCAAGAUCCAGUCUCUCCAAUUUCAAUUAAACUUAUUGUAGUGUGUUUUCUUUAUUGUGGAGAAAAAAUGUAAUGGCUUUUACCAGUGUUUUUUCUGAAAGUUGGAAGAUGUGGCUUUAGUUGUAAAGACGGGAUUAUGUGCUCAAGUAUUUGGUUCGGUUUUUCUGUUUCAUUGUACACCGCUUCUGAACAUCUAACCAUUUUCAGUUGUGUAAAUAAAAUGCCUUGACAAUAGACUCAUAUUUUAUUGUUAACAUUGGGUUCAUGGAAUAGAAAAGCAAUUGUUAUUGCUCAGUUCUUACUAGUAUUCAUUUUUUAGUAUUCUGCAAAGAGGAAAAGGAACAAGAGCAUUUUUUCAUAUUAAAGUCUCUGGAAUAGUGGGUGACAGGUACCCUGCUUCACAAGUCUUGUAUCUUUUAUUCUUUAAACUUCGUUAAAAUCGCUAAAAGAUCAAUUUUUGAAACACCUGAAGUAUAUACAGCAAAAAUAUUUUGGUUGUACAUCAGAAUUGUUUCAGAAGCUGACCAUAUUCCUCUACAGUGGAUUUGUACAGAACAUGCUUUUAGUCAUCCAAGCUGGCUUACAAAAUAGGUUUCUCUUUUCCUUCAGUAUAAACCAUAUUUUUCUUCAUUAAAGCCAUGUUAUUGCCAUA